GAGUAGCACUCGAUACCGCUCGGGGGAACGACGGUAAUUCCUCAUAACUCGGCGAGCGUAUGAUUUGAAAACGGCGGUUUCGCUUAUCGCCAGCCAUUUGGCGGAUAAUUUUCAUACGGAACCGGACGCCUUAAAAAUGUUUCUGGGGCAGUCAGAAAGUGAUAAUUUGUUUUGUGCAUUGUUCGCAUUAAAUUGAGUAAAAGCGUUAAAAAUAACAAACGAUCCUUUUACUCGAAUCGCGAGUUUGUUGUGAACUGUUCAGCGGUUACAGGUGCGAUAUUAUGAACAAAUAACAGAUAACAAUACAUAAAUAUGGGCAGAUUCGACCUAUGGACUGUGUUGCGAGUUUUCGAACUAGUCUUAGUAGUAGCCUGCCUAGUGUUCAAAAGAGUAACGGAUGACGAAGCCAGAAGCCUCUUCCUCUACCUCCAGAAAAUUUCCAGAGAAUGGAGCCUACUCACCAACGUCACGUGGGACAGGGUGGGGGCUUCGGUGGCCGACGCCACUUACGGUGGUUACACCGUGAUAACUUCAGCCCUGCUUAUCGGGAAAUUGACAGGGGAUCUCCCUACCAAGAAGAGAGUGGCAGAGCUCAUUUUGCUGGGAGUUGGCGCCAUACUUUUCGUGAUUAUGGGAAGCCUAGCAUUUGCGGCCAUCGAAUACAUAACUCCCAAACUAGUCGAUAACGCGGCCAUCUUGGGCACCCUCUCCCUGCUUACUGGGGCCUUGUUCCUGCUGGACAUGGCCGCGCCCAAAGCCAAGGAGAAACAGCUCCCAGCGCAACAGCAACAGCCCUUAAAAACCACCACAGAGCCUGAUCGUCCGUCGAGCAUCACCCAGCAGAUAAUAGACAUUGAAAGGGAAAUCGAACGGUCUGAAAGAGAGAGCUUCGACAGGGACGACUCAAAGGCCAAAACCAAGAAAGAUGUUAAAAACAACGGUAUAAGGAACGGCAACGGGGGUCAGAGAAAGGGAAAUUCGGACAAAGCCGAUGGCGUCUCUGGACAACAAUCCAGAAGUUACAUUCAUUUGGAUCCCACCACCAAGGGCUACAAGCAAAUGAGAGACGACGAUCCGGACGUACCCAAGAGGUUUGGUAUCUAUGGUAAAGACGUCGGAGGGUACGACAGCGAGACAGAUGAAACGGCUAGCAUUCCCCCCAAAUUCGAACUUCACGCCCCCGUCUGGAGCCAAAUAAGACAGGGACGAUCCGGCUCGAAAGGGAGAGCCAUCCCGCCCGUGGUCCUGCCUUCUCAAAAACCUCCCCAAGACGUUCCCGAACGACCACCAAGCGGUCCGAGUGAUCCCGGCUAUGUCCAAUACACCGCCCAACACUGGGGAGACACCGGUUCGACCAAAGUUAAAACCCCCAGGAGUAGCCCGACUGCAGUUUGACGUGCUAGUUGAAUUUUUGAUAAUAAAUCGAUGU